GUGGGCUCGCGGCCCGGCCACCGCCCCAACCCGCCCGUAGCUCCCGCUGCAGCGCCAGGGCGUGCUUGCGAUGAGCGGCAUCGCGCUGCGUCAGGCUCUAGGGCGAGCGGCCCGGGCACUGGGCACCCGCGCAGAGUCCACUGCAGCUCGGGCAGGCGUGGCAACUGCGAAGCACAGCGAGUUGUCCAUGUUCCCCAGCGACGACCCCAUCAUGCGCCCCUACUACGAGAGGCUGGCCAAGCUGCAGGUGGUCCCCGCCGCCAGCCCCAAGGAGGCGUCGCCGUCGGAGCUGCAAGGAGAGCUGGAACUGUUGCGCAUGCACAACUCAUCGCUGCCCACACACAUCCUAGAGGGGCACAUGAUUCGGGCGCAGAUACUGGAGAUGGGACGCCGCACAGUUACGCUCGAUACGGGGUUGCUGCCCGCCCGAGUGGCCCGCGCAGACCUGCCCCCAGAGUGCGUCGUCGGCACCACUGUAGAGGACGACAAGCCUCGCAGCCCAGGCGAGCUGCGGGAGGGAGAUGUGGUGCAGGUGUUUCUGGAGUCUGUCGGCACGCUCGAAGGGGACAUGCUCGUCAGCGGCGUGCAGGCAGCGGCGGCGCGGCGCAUGGCAGCCGUCUGGAAUGAGUUGGAGGGGCGGUACAAGCGUGGCGAGAUGGUUAAAGGCCGCAUCCUGAACGCAAUAUACCGCGGAUUCUCUGUGGGCGUGGCGGGCGUUGUGGGCUUUCUGCCCGCGAGGCAGUGCUCUCGCCCAACCGCUCGCCGCAUCGGCCAGCUGCAGAAGUUCCGCAUCUUAAGUCUGGACCGCGCCCGCGGCUCCUUCAUCCUUGCAGACCCCAGCCUGCACCACAGCGCAGCAGGUGGCAGCGGCGCAGGGCAACCCAAGGGUGGCAGCGCCACCAAGCGGCCUCCACGUAAUGAGGAGGAGGCGCAGCGGCGGCAGGAGCUGGCGCGGGUGGCCGAGGAGCUGCGCAGCGUGCUGGCACUGCGUGGCAGCAGCAGCGGCCCUGCAGCGAGCUAGUUGAGGUUGUCAUGCUUGUUUCUACACAUGUGGUUUUGUCCUGCUAAGGGGCACCUGCUGCAUUCGGCAGGAGCCAGAUGCACAACAACAAGCGUUCAGGGCAGGCCAGAUCGUGGGCCUCGCAGCAGCAGCCAGUGCCCCACUUGCUGCACCUGUUGCAUGCUGCCUGAGCUGGCAGCUGCAUCAGCCAAGAGUGCAAACAAUUUUGC